GAAUAGUUGUAGCUUAGACUAUCUAUGCAGUCUAAGUAGGGAUUUCCCCCUUCCUUCUUCGAAUUCUUUUAUUUUGAAUUGGGGAAUCCUCAGAAACCUUCUUUUUUUGAGUCAACGAUCGUUUAUAAACCAUGGAACACCCGGACCUCCUCUUUUAUUCUACUACUUCUUCAGUACCUACCUUCCUCGCCCUGUUUCUUUAACCGCUACGACUCUUAUUCACAGUCGUCUCCUGCAGUCGUUACUGCCGUCUAUCGACAUCCACACACCCACACCCACGUCCGCUCCUCACGGCAGGUCCCUCCUCACACAAACCCGGAACGACUCUAUCAUAGACUUGCCCCAAUAGUCCAAUACUCCCCACCUCUCUCUUUCUCAUACAGCACAGCCUAUAUUCCACACAGCCUUACUUCGUCAUGUCCAAGGCAGAGCUGGACCCCUCCGCUCCUGUCCCCACCCUGGGCUCGUCCCAAACACACAUCCAGCCAGCAGAGGACCAUCCGUCAACCAACAACAUCACCAAUGAUAUCCACCCUCAACCAGCCUCUUCUUCUUUGUCUUCUUCGUCCACUCCUUACCGCACGGCCACCACAGUAGCCACUGCUGUCGACCCACGACCAACCAACCAUGGUCCCUUCUCCUUCAACCCUGAUGACCUCAUGCACCUCAUCGACCCAAAGUCCCCCGAGACUCUUCAUUCGUAUGGUGGUGUGGAGGGCAUCCUCGCUGGUCUGCAUGCAGAUCCAGCUAAGGGUCUCUCAACUCCGCACAAAUCCCUGACGGCAGUUGUCUCUUCAGAGGAUGAAAAGGAGACCCCUGCCCAGGCACAGGUCUCCACCGACUACGCCCACAACUAUUCCUCCAAUACAGCCCAGGUCACGUUCGAGGACCGCGAGAAGUAUUUUGGUCGCAAUGUCCUGCCCAAACGCAAGCCAAAGACUAUCUUCCAGCUCAUGUGGAUGGCUCUCCAGGAAAAGAUUCUGAUUUUGCUGUUGAUUGCUGCCGUUGUCUCCAUCGGUCUCGGCAUCUACGAAGACUAUGGAAUGAAGCACGAUCCAAAGCAACUGUUCCAUAAGGAUUUUACCUCUUACAUCGCCACUGAUCCCAAAAUUUCCUGGGUUGAGGGUGUCGCCAUCCUGGCCGCCGUCAUGAUUGUUGUCAUGGUCGGAUCUGUCAAUGACUAUCAAAAGGAAGCCCAGUUCCGCAAGCUGAAUGCCAAGAAGGAGGAUCGCGAGGUCAAGGCCCUUCGUAACGGAGAAACGGUUCUGAUCUCGGUCUUUGAUAUCGUCGUUGGCGAUGUUCUUUAUCUCGAACCCGGUGAUGUAAUCUCGGCGGAUGGUGUCUACCUUGGAGGACAUAAUCUCAAGUGCGAUGAGUCUGCAAUGACUGGAGAGUCGGAUGCCGUCAAGAAGGUCACCUUUGAGGAGUAUAGACGAUUGGAGGAGGUCGAGGCUGCUUCACACAAGGACACCAAGAUCCACACCAAUCACGAGGGUAUCGAUGUUAUUGCUGAACCAUCGCAUGCCAUCCACGGCGUCGACCCCUUCAUCAUCUCUGGUUCCAAGGUUCUAGAGGGCGUGGGUCUCUACGUCGUCACCGCUGUUGGCGAAAACAGCUUCCACGGCAAGACCAUGAUGUCCCUCCGCACCGAGUCCGAGGACACUCCUCUCCAGGUCAAGCUGAACGGCCUUGCGGAGCAAAUUGCGAAGCUCGGUAGUUUGGCCGCUCUGCUGAUGUUGAUCGUCCUCUUUAUCCGCUACUUUGUCGAAUUCGGCAUGAAAGCUGUAAAGCCCCCCACGACCGAGAUUGUCCAGAGACUGGUCGGUAUUAUCAUUGCUGCUGUCACCGUCAUUGUCGUCGCCGUCCCUGAAGGUCUCCCCCUGGCUGUGACCCUGGCAUUGGCCUUCGCCACCACUCGCAUGCUUAAGGACAACAACCUGGUCCGUGUGCUCGCUGCCUGCGAGACCAUGGGUAAUGCCACCACCAUCUGCUCCGACAAGACCGGUACCCUCACUCAAAACCGCAUGACCAUUGUUGCCGGAACUUUGGGAAUCAACACUCGUUUCAUUGCUGACGCCGCUGAGGGCGAGACCAACAAGCGCGCCGCCAUCCCCAUCAACAAGAACGCCGUCUCCAUGAGCCAGCUCGUCAGCAACCUUCCUCCUGCUGUCACACAGCUGAUGCACGAAGCCAUUGCCAUCAAUUCUUCUGCCUUUGAGAGCGAGGAUGAGAAGGGCAACCUGUCCUUCAUUGGCUCCAAGACCGAAGUUGCUAUGCUUGAUUUCUCAAAGAAGAUUGGCGGUGCUGAUUACCGUCAACUCCGCGACUCUGUUCCUGUUGUGCACCUGUACCCCUUCUCGUCUGAGCGCAAGUCUAUGGCAACUAUUGUCCAGAUGGGCCCCAAGAAGUUCCGCCUCCAUGCCAAGGGUGCUUCAGAGAUAAUCAUGAAACGCUGCGAAAAGGUUCUCCAGAUUUCGUCCGCUGCUGAUCAGAGCACGCCUUUGUCCGAGAAGGAUCGCAACGCUGACGUUACCGAGUUGGACCUUAACAGCGACCUUGAAACCCAGAUCCACAAGACGAUUAUCUCGUACGCGACCCAAUCUCUUCGUACCAUCGGCGUCGCUUACCGUGAUUUCGAGUCGUGGCCACCAGCCGGCGUUGAGUUGAACGAAGAUGGCGAGGUCCCCUUUUCGGCUGUGGCUGAGAGUGGUCUGACCUUGAUCGGUGUCGUUGGUAUCGAGGAUCCUCUUCGCGAUGGUGUCCCCGACGCUGUUUUGGCUUGUCAGCGCGCUGGCGUGUUUGUCCGCAUGGUCACUGGAGACAACAUCUUGACUGCCAAGUCAAUUGCCACCCAGUGCGGUAUCUACACUCAGGGCGGUAUCAUCAUGGAGGGUCCUAAGUUCCGUGCCCUGAGCGGUGAAGAGAUGGACGCUGUGAUUCCUCGUCUUCAAGUUCUUGCCAGAUCCAGUCCCGAGGAUAAGAAGAUCCUUGUUGGUCGUCUUAAGGCCAUGGGUGAGAUUGUUGCUGUGACCGGUGACGGUACCAACGAUGGUCCUGCCCUCAAGAUGUCUGAUGUUGGUUUCUCCAUGGGUAUCGCCGGUACCGAGGUCGCUAAGGAGGCCUCCGCUAUCAUCUUGAUGGACGACAACUUCUCGAGCAUCGUCAAGGCCAUUCUUUGGGGUCGUGCUGUUAAUGACGCCGUCAAGAAGUUCUUGCAAUUCCAGCUCACUGUCAACAUUACCGCUGUUGUUUUGACCUUUGUCACCGCUGUGAUCUCUGAAGAGCAGAAGCCCGUCAUGUCUGCUGUCCAGCUCUUGUGGAUCAACUUGAUCAUGGACACCCUCGCUGCCUUAGCCCUUGCUACCGAUCCACCAACGCCCGAUCUCCUGGACCGUCAACCCGAGCCCCGCACUGCUCCUUUGAUCUCGUUCACGAUGUGGAAAAUGAUUCUUGGUCAGGCUGUCCUCCAGCUCGUCAUCACCUUUGUCUUGGAGUACAAAGGAAUGGAUAUCCUCAACUACAACACUGUCCCAAGCUCCCUCGAUGCCCUUGUCGCCCAGAAUGGAGAUAUUCCCAAUGCCUACAGAACGUUCAAGCGUCAGGAGCUGGAUUCCAUGGUUUUCAACACAUUCGUAUUCCUCCAGAUCUUCAACGAAGUCAACUGUCGCCGUCUGGAUAACCGCCUUAACAUCUUCGCGGGUAUCCGCAGCAACCGUUACUUCAUUGUUAUCUUCGUUAUUAUGGUUGCCUUCCAGGCGAUCAUCGUUGAGUUUGGUGGAGCUGCCUUCCAGACAGAGAGCCUUAGUGGUGUCCAGUGGGUGAUCUGCAUUGUUUUAGGUCUUCUCGCCCUUCCCGUCGGUGUCAUCAUCCGUCUUAUCCCCGACGAGGUUUUUGGCGGUCUUAAGAAGUGGGUCGAUCAUAGUGAGCCUACUCACGGAUCCCUCCCUAAUUUUGAGACCUACCCCGCCAACAGUGAAGCUGGCCGUACCAAUUCGAUCCCUGCAUCGAUCAACUCGCACCGCACUAACUCCAUAACUGGAAGCGGUAAUAAUGUCUAUCCCAGCCGUGAUGGUCUUGUCUGGAACUCUGCCAUUACCAAGGUUCGCUCAGAGCUCUCCGUCUUCAAGUCGAUCCGUGGCGGUCGCCUCUCGACAGAUUCCGACAGAAGUGAGCGCCAUGUGCUUCAUGCCGGUGCUAUGGUCCCGUCUCUAGUUGCGACCUCGGUCGGAGCUGGAUGGGCGCCCAAUAAGUUCAGGGGCACCCCCGGCAACUCGUCCAGUCAGAUCGAUAUCAGCAGUUCGAGUCCACGUUCCAGCAUGACGGGAUCGCGUCGAGGUACGGGGCAGAACAGCGUCCGUCCAGCGACCCCUCAAGCAACCUCAUCUACGGUGGCGCCUGUAAAUACCCAUCAAUCAAACUUGUCUGGCACGACGUUACCUUAUUCCUCGCCAUGAUGUGUCCGCAGCAGAAAAAAAGUUAUUUCUCUUUUUCAUAUCUUACCCAUGUAUACUUAUAAUAGUCUAUGGUGUUUACACUGCACUUCACUAAUCGCGAUUAUAACUGUCAUCUACCCAGCUUUCAUUUCUUACGAAUCAAAAAUAAAGAGCCAUGUCCUUCCUAAUA